AUGUCGGCCCGUUUAAAAACCAGACCUUGCCUGGGCUUGGAAGUGCAGCCCAGGGGCUGGCACGCCACAACCCGAUUAGUAAACGUGCCGGUGCGGGUCGUGCCGUGCCGGGGCUAUUUACAACGGGUCGUGUCGUGUCGUGCCGGCCCGUUUGGCCAGACCAGCAUUGUGUUUUCACUUGAAGAUUGGAAACCUGCGCAGCUCCUCAAGGCACUUGCAGUUUUUGCACUGAGAGACAUCAACCUCACCAAGAUAGAAAGCCGCCCACACAAGAAAAGGCCUUUUCGCGUAGCUGAUGAUACUUUCUCCACGCCUGUCAAGUACUUCAACUACCUCUUCUAUGUCGACCUUGAGGCAUCAAUGGCUGAUCCAAAAACUCGGAACGCUCUUCGAAAUUUGAAGGAGUUUGCACCCUUUGUAAGAGUCCUGGGGAGCUAUCCUACAGACGUGAGCGAAGCUUGAAUAACAAGUGCUUGCUGCAGAUCACAUCCUAGUGAGUAAUCAAGAACUAUUUUAUUCGAAUUAUGGAAAGUCAGAAAGAUGCAGUUCCCAGGGCCUAUUUCCUACUCACUCCGUCCCAUAAUAUAAGAGUGUUUUUGAUACUACACUAGUGUAAAAAUGCACUUAUAUUAUGGGACGGAGGGAGUAUUUGGAUUGGGAUUUAAGCGGUCUUACUCAUAAACUGUACCUAGGCACAGCAGAAUAGCGGAUAUACUCAGGUGGGGUAGAAUGCAGAACUGGAGUACUGAACUAUGCAUUGUGGGGGUCAACAAUGUGAUAUACGUUGAU